GCCCCGCGCUAAAGGACAAAAAGUAGGGCAUAGACGUGCAUAGCCCCGUCCACGCAAGCAUUGCAUUAUAGUAAAACAUGCACGCUUUGUUUUAUCUUGUACCCUAUUGGUCAGAUUCUGUGCCCACUGCUUUCUGUUGGCGCGGUUGUUGAAUAGCCGGGAGUUGAUAAUAUUAGCACAAAGUAAAAACUCACUUUUUGUUAGGAUAUCUAGCGCGGGGAGGUUCACGGGCAUGGAGAAUGGCAGGGCCCAAUUUCCAUUUCCCUACCAGCCCUAUAACAUCCAGGAGCAGUUUAUGCAAGCCCUGUACAGCGCACUUGACCAGGGCAAAGUUGGCAUCUUUGAAAGUCCAACUGGAACGGGCAAGUCUCUGAGUCUGAUAUGUGGAGCACUGAGCUGGCUCACAGACUACGAGGAGAAGAGGAGACGGGAGGCAGCUGCUCUGCUGCAGGAAGGAGAAGCAGCUCUUUCCACUUCUUCUGCUCAGUUCUCCACUACCAGCUCCUCAGCAGAGCCUGACUGGAUCACGGAUUUUGUUCAAAAAAAGGCAGAACGUGAUUUGGUGUCAAAGUUGAAGGAGGAAGAAUUGAAAAGAAAGAAGAGGGAAGAGCGAUUAGAAAUGAUCAGAAACAACGUUCAACUAAAGUAUGCAAUGAAAAGAAAAAGCAGUGAAGAUGAUGAGGCAUUCAAGUUGCUCCAGCUCAGUAAAGAGGAACAAACAGAGGCAGAAGGAGAUCAAGAGGACGAGGAGCUUAUUGUUGGAGAAUAUGAGAGUGACGACGAGUCGAAGACCCGGAGCAGAUUUUUUGGUGCUGAGGAUGACACAGACGAUGAACUGGUGGAAGAACAUGUUACUAAGAUUUACUACUGCAGUCGCACUCACUCCCAGCUGGCCCAAUUUGUCCACGAGGUCCAAAAGAGCCCCUUCAGCAAGGACAUCAGUCUGGUCACACUGGGCUCAAGGCAGAAUCUGUGUAUCAACGAGGAGGUGCGUCGCCUUGGCAGCAUCCAGCGCAUUAACGAUCGCUGCAUGGAGAUGCAGAAAAACAAACAUGAGAAGCAGCAUCAUGAAGACAGUGUAAAACGUAAGCGAGGCCCAGCAAAGAGUGUGUGUCCCUAUAAUAAAGCUUCAGCACUGCAGCAGAUGAGGGAUGAUGUUCUGGGGACAGUCCACGAUAUAGAGCAGAUGCUGAAGCUGGGUAGAGAAACCCAUGCAUGUCCUUACUACUCCACACGCCUCGCUAUCCCCCCUGCACAGCUGGUGGUGUUGCCCUAUCAGAUGUUGCUUCAUGAAGCUACAAGAAGGGCAGCAGGGGUCCAGCUGAAGGGCCAGGUGGUGAUCAUAGAUGAAGCUCACAAUCUUAGUGACACACUCUCCUGUAUACACAGUGCAGAGCUCACUGGAGCACAGCUUUGCCGUGCCCACUCUCAGCUCACCCAGUAUGCUGACCGCUAUAAGAACAGACUGAAAGCAAAGAACCUGAUGUACAUCAAACAGAUUUUGUUUGUGAUUGAGGGGCUUGUCCGGGUGCUGGGAGGUAAGGUGGGACAGAAUCCACAGAGCCAGACUACACAAACAGGAACUGAAAUGCUUACUAUUAACAACUUCCUCUUCAAGGCUCAAAUCGACAAUAUCAACUUGUUUAAGUUGCAGAGAUACUUUGAGAAGAGCAUGAUCAGCAGAAAACUGGGUGGCUUUGUGGAAAAGUAUGCAGGGUCAGGUGUGAGUCUGCACACUCAGAGCAACUCCAACAAGGAGAACCGACGCACAGAGGGCUUAAAAGGCUACCUUCAAACUCUACAGAGCAACCAGAGCACUGUGCCAGUUUCCUCAGCAGACCAGCAGGGGUCUGUAGAGGCAGAGAAAGUGCUGUCUGCCUCUCCCAUGAUGCAGGUGGAGGGUUUCUUCAUGGCUCUCACCAACAGCAACACUGACGGCAGAGUGGUGGUGCACAGACAAGGUACUUUGUCAGAGAGCAGUGUCAAGUUCCUGCUGCUGAAUCCAGCGGUCCACUUUGCCCAGGUGCUGAAGCAGUGCAGAGCAGUCAUCAUCGCAGGAGGAACCAUGCAGCCUGUUUCAGACUUCAAACAAGAGCUACUGUUUUCUGCCGGAGUGGAAGCGGAGCGCAUCACGGAGUUUUCCUGUGGUCAUGUAAUUCCUCCUGAGAACAUUCUUCCCCUCGUCUUGUGCAGCGGCCCGUCUGGUCAGGAGCUGGAUUUUACUUUCCAAAACAGAGACUCUCCACGCAUGAUGGACGAGACAGGGCGCAUUCUCUCCAACAUUUGUAACGUGGUCCCGGGUGGGAUCGUGUGCUUCUUCCCUUCCUAUGAGUACUCCAGGCGGAUCAUUUCGCACUGGGAGACCAGCGGGGCGCUUACUCGUCUGGCUAACAAGAAGAAGAUCUUCCAGGAGCCAAAGAAAGCCAACCAGGUUGAGCCAGUGCUGAGCGAGUUCUCCCGCUGUAUCCAGAGGUGUGCUCUGGACAGCGGUGGGGUCACAGGAGCGUUGCUGUUCUCUGUGGUUGGAGGAAAGAUGAGUGAGGGCAUCAAUUUCUCCGAUGACCUGGGCAGGUGUGUGGUGAUGGUGGGAAUGCCAUAUCCCAACAUCAAAUCACCAGAGCUGCAGGAAAAGAUGUCCUAUCUGGACAAACACCUGCCUCACAGUGGAGGGAGGAGCCCUGGCCAAGCACUAAUAGAAAACCUCUGCAUGAAGGCUGUCAAUCAAUCCAUAGGAAGAGCUAUCCGUCACCGUGGCGACUAUUCCUCCAUGGUGUUGUGUGACCGACGUUACUCUCGACCUGCUACGCUCUCUAAACUUCCCACAUGGAUCAAAGAUCGCACCAGCACACACACAACUUUUGGCCCUGCUUUUGCUGCCUUACGGAAGUUCUUCCUGGAGAAGAAGCAGAGGCAGGUGUAGUUUCACUCAUACAGGGCUCAACUGACAUUCCCCAAGUAUUCAACUUGGGAAUAAGACCGGGGUUUGGAAGAACUUCGGGGGAAACCCAGUGCAAGAGCGGCAUUCUACAAUUUUACCAACCCAAGAAAUUGAAUGUGUUCUAACAAAGAUAAUUAGAGGGCCUCUGUAAUAAGUUCCUUAUCACGAGGUUGCUGCAGCCCUUUUAUGCUGCUUUAUGUUUACGUUCUUGAACAUUUUGAUGCCAUCAGACCUCUUAGCACUCCUAGGAGGCAGUUUCUGUUUUCAGUACAUCAUACUUGGUUUAUUUUACAGUUCAACUUUCAUAUCUUGUAUAUUACUUGUGUUCUGCUUUGAAGUGAAGAUGAAUUAGAGAGUAAUGAAUUCAAGUAUUUGAUGGCACAAUGCAGACAAAGGCCAAAGUGGCAUUUAUCAGAUUGACUCAGGUGUAUCAGUCCUGUGAUGUCUUCAAUUUCACUCUGGAACAUGUUUGAGUCAAAAAUGAAUAAUAAAUAGUGAACAUAUACAGUAUGUUGAAAUGAAUUACUGAAGCAGCUACUACACAGCUAUCAGGCACUGGCUUAGGCAUCCAUGUGACAGAUUUACCCUGGAAGAAAAUAUCAAAUAUUUAAAGCACAAUGUAAAGUGUUAUGUUAUUUUUAUUUAAUGGAGAGACGUUAGUGAAAUGGUUCUAUGAUUUCAGCGAGUGUUAUAAUAUCUGCUUAUUUUAUAAAAUGUUUUACAGUGAUUACGAUUAUCAAUAAAUUGUUUAUCAUUUGA